AUGAUCGAUGGGCAGAACAGUGUGUUCGAGUAUUUGAUGGAGUUGUGUAUCGGUGAAUAUGUCCAUGACAUUGUUCUCUCCGUCCAACGCUGUGGUGCAUCGUUCACGAGGAGUGUAGUCCGAACAAAGAAUCUCAAUACAAUCAUUGCGUAUAAGAGGCAACUCACCCGCGUUGCCUCGUGCUGGCUCUGUAACUCGACACUCGAACCUUUUGGUCGAUUCUUCCCUUGCGGCAACAUUAUCACUGCAGGGAAAAAGGGCUGCGACAUUUUGGAGAAGAAGGAAAACGUCGGCCCUGGGGAUCUGCUAUGCCAUGAUUGCCUCAAGAUUACUGAUGGAAUCAACAAGCUCAACGACAACCAGGCUCUACCUGAUUCCCCCAAGAUGGCUGGAAGAUGUGACUUGGAAGUGAUGGGGUAG